UUGCCUUGUUGCUACAGAGAGAGCAAGAUGGGUCACCAGCAACUCUACUGGAGCCAUCUGAGGAAACUCAGCCAGGGUUCUCCUCCUUGCCACGUCUGCUCAAACUGCCACAGUCUGAUCCGGAAAUACGGCCUCAACAUAUGUCGCCAGUGUUUCUGUCAGUACGCGAAGGACAUACGCUUCAUUAAGUUGGACUAA